AUGGCUGCUAUUCAAUUGUCAUUCUCUCUUCGCGUUUCUUCCAGUGUUAAGACCGUUCAUUUACUUGGUAGCUGGGAUAACUAUGCCGGUCAACUUCCGCUUGCUAAGGACAAGACUUCUUCCAAAUCUGGUAGCUGGAAAGGUACUUUCAGAUUUCAAGGCACCACUCUUCAACCUGGUCAAAGAUAUUGGUAUUACUACAUCAUCGAUGGAUACCAUGUCUCUCACGACCCUGCCGUCUCAUCUACUACCGAACCAACUACUGGUCGCGUCCUGAACAUUCUCGAUAUCCCAGUUGAAUCAUCCUCAAGAUCAUCCAAAUCCAGCUCAUCAAGCUCCAAGCAUUCUUCCAGUUCAUCAUCCAAACAUUCCUCGCACUCAUCCUCCCGCAGAGAGUCUCGCCGUGACUCUCACCUCAGCGUUGACAUUCCCAAAGGUCGACCCCUCUCCAUUUCUCAAAUCAAGUCUCCUAAACCCAUGUCUCCACACGCCACCAAGCACAUUCUCGAAGCCGACUACGCUGGCCCAACCGUCGACGAACUCACCGCACGUUUUGGUGCCGCCACCAUGGAAGAGUACGAUUACGAUUACGAUCUUCCAGGCUCACCAUCUUCGUCCGUCGGUUCUACCAUCUCCGACACCAGUGGUACUAGCUCACCUUCUUCUGCUUCGAGUAUGAGCGACUAUUCAUCAGGUUCCAACACAUCAGCCUGCACGUGUGAAAGAUAUGGAAUUACGAGAAAGGGAGACAGAAUCAAGUUGGAUUGCGGAGGAUCUCGAUGUGGAUACAGCGAUUCCGAGUCAUGUAGCUCCGAAGAUGAGGUUGAGUACUCACGAUCAUCUCGCAGAAAUGGAAUCGUUGUCCGUCGAUGA